GGGAACCGGCGGCCGCCGCCGUCGUCGCCGCCGCGAUGUGAAGGCGGCGGAGGCGGAAGGCGCUGCCCGCAUGGCCGCGGGUGGCGGCGGCAGGAAUGUCCCGCUGUGCGGAGCCCAGCACGGCCCCCGGGCCGCGCAGCACGACGGCAUGAGGAGGGAUGGCGGCGGGGACCCGUACUGGUCCAGGCCCGAGUCCCGUGUCUGGACGGUGAUGCUGCUGCUGGGGACCUGCCUGCUGUACUGCGCCCGCGUCACCGUGCCCGUCUGUGCCGUCGCCCUCAGCACCCACUUCGACUGGGACAAGAAGCAAUCCGGCAUCGUGCUCAGCAGCUUCUUCUGGGGCUACUGCCUGACGCAGAUUAUCGGGGGACAUAUCAGUGAUCAGAUAGGGGGGGAGAAGGUCCUCCUCCUCUCGGCAUCAGCCUGGGGGUUCCUGACGGUCAUCACCCCGCUCCUCACUCACGUCACCUCUGCCCACCUGGUGUUUAUGACCUCCUCCAGGUUCCUCAUGGGGCUGCUGCAAGGGGUGUAUUUCCCAUCCCUGGCCAGUCUCCUGUCCCAGAAGGUCCGGGAGAGCGAGCGAGCCUUCACCUACAGCACCGUGGGGACCGGCUCCCAGUUUGGGACGCUGGUGAUCGGCGGUGCAGGGUCUCUCCUCCUGGACUGGUACGGCUGGGAGAGCGUUUUCUACUUCUCUGGUUUGCUCACUCUGCUUUGGGUUUACUGCACCUGCAAGUACCUCCUGACUGAGAAGGAACUCAUCAUCCCUGUAGACUAUUUGAUGAGAGGCCUCUCGAUACCCAAGCAGACCAAGGUUCCCUGGAAGCAGCUCUUCAGGAAGGCACCGAUAUGGGCUGUCAUCAUCGCUCAGCUCUCCACGGCCAGCACGUUUUUCACUCUCCUUUCCUGGCUGCCAACUUUCUUCAAGGAAACUUUCCCCGAGUCAAAGGGCUGGGUGUUUAAUGUAGUCCCCUGGCUGGUUGCAAUUCCGACAAGCUUGUUCAGUGGAUUUCUGUCUGAUCAUUUAAUCAACCAGGGGUACAAAACCAUCACCAUCCGUAAGUUCAUGCAGGUCAUCGGCUCCGGCGUCUCCAGCAUUUUUGCUUUGUGCCUGGGCCAGACAUCCAGCUUCUGCAAAGCCAUCGUCUUCGCCUCCGCCUCUGUUGGGCUUCAGACCUUUAACCACAGUGGCAUUUCAGUGAAUGUACAGGACCUGGCCCCCUCGUGCGCUGGCCUGCUGUUCGGCGUUGGGAAUACAGGCGGAGCCCUCCUAGGUGUCAUUUGUGUGUACUUGGCUGGCUACCUGAUUGAGACAACGGGCUCCUGGAUUUCUGUGUUCAACCUGGUGGCUGCCGUUAACAGCAUUGGCCUCUGUGCAUUCCUCGUGUUCGGGGAGGCCCAGAGGGUGGACACGGACUCUGCAUACAUGGACCUCUAGAGAUGAGUCCAGCAAACAGCCGAGGAACAGGAGAGUGUCACAUCUAUGUGUCAUUGUCGCACAAGUGCCAAAGAAUUAUUUUUUUUUUUAAGGUGUUUAACAGGAAAAAGUAUACGGAGACCAAGCACGUAAUGGGUCUGGAUGAAACCCAUGGGAGAAAAGAAAUUUAGAAUCUUUUGCUCAGGGCAUAGCUGAUGGCCUGCAGAGCCGUCCAGCUCAACAUCUCCAGUGAGGAUACAGCCCGUGUGACCAGUUUGCCCCAGUCCAUGUCUAGUGGACAAAUAUCCACGUGGCCAAAGCAGCUCACCCGGCUUGUCUCCGGAGGGAGCUGAGGUUUGCCCUGGAGAGGGGAACAGGUCCCUUCAUGCUCUGCCGUCCUCUGACCACAGGGAGGGUGGCCGCCUCUCGGGCAACACGUGUCCUCUGAACUUCAUGGAAGGAAUAAUCCAAACUAACGUACCUCUGACCUUAACCCUCCCUCGUGUGCCUUCAUUCUGCAGUCUGCUCGACGGGUACAAGCCAGGUCUACAAGAGAAAGGGUUGUGAGAUGAAUUCAAGGCUUCCCUUCAGGGGAAGUCUUCAGGCUGGAUGUCUACCACGGACCCAGGAGCUGCCUUCGUGGUGCUGGAGCUGAGCUGGGGGCUGCAGAGCAGAUCGCUCAAGCCAGUAGAGCCCAUCUUUGCUUGAUCAAGGACAGAGCUCAAGGGCUCCCUCCUCUCCCUGCUGGCUUUACUCCAGCCCUGAGCCAAGGCAGACCACCUCCAAGGUGAGAGCAGAGGAGACCUGCCAUCACCCGUGGUCAGACUUAGCUGGUCUGAGCUCUCCAGGUGGGUGCCACCGAGGAGCUGUGAAUGUUUAGGAAGAACAGGUCCCCUGCUGUGCUGUGGAUCUGAACUCCCAGAUGCUUUCUGCUUGAUCAGACGUGUCCUUCACCUGCUCCCCAAGGGACACCGGAGACUUUCCAAAGAGCCUGCAAGGGGCAGGUUUGGUUUCCACGUUAAGCAUAAAGCAGAUUUGUGCAUGGGGGAUCCAUGGUGCUGGCUGUGGAUCCCUGCGGGUCCCUGUGUCAGAGGGAAGUACUGGGCUGCACACGCUUCUGAGCCUGAAUGUCUUAAGUUAUUUAUAAAUAUUUUUAAAUUUAAGUAACCAAAUUCUAUAUUUUAUGUACUUGAGGCCUGAUUCUGCAUGCUUAUUUUGAGUGGUGCUCCCACCAAACCCCACAGUAUUUCUAGAAGGGAAGGAUUUACCAGCCUACAGUUUCUGGUUUUGUAGGAUCUAUUUUAAAGGUGACAUUUCAUAUUAAAGCAAUUCGUUGCUUUUCCUCCCACCCCUUGCUUGCAGCCUGAAAAGUUCUUUUUGAUUUCUCUAGUGCUUGCCACAAAACUUCAGCUGAGACUUGGGAUCUCAAGGGCUUCACCGUGCAGGAGAGUGAUAGGUUCAGAUUCAUUGUCCUUAAAAAAAAAAUAAUUAAUUAUCCCCUGCUUCUCCUUUUGUUUUGGCCAAAUUUCUUCUUGGAAGGUAUG